AUGAUCAUGACAUCCUCACCUAUUAUGACACCAUCUUGUCGAUCUAUCGCCCAUACACCAUCACCCUCUUCAUCACCUAAAUUAGUUCCUGUGGCUUCAACAAUGAUCAAACCGAAUUCACCAUUCACCCUUCCUUCUUCUUCUGUCAAUAACCAAUCAGGAUCAGGAUCAGGGAUGGGAUCUGGAUUAUCCACAUCGGUACCCACAAGAUCAUAUGUCAGAGGUCCACAAGCAAGACCUUAUGCUCAACCUGCACGAAACAUCAAACAGAUAACAGGUGAUUCGAAACAAUUCACAGAAUUAGUAGCUUCAAUGGUCAAUAAACGUGAACAAGAAAAAAGGAAACAAGAUAUAACCAUUGAAAUGAUUGAAAACGUUAAUAUAUCCCAAGAUGCUGUUACCACUACUACGUCACCGACUGCGACGAGACAUUUGGAUGUACCCAAACGAGCUAAGAGCUUAGCAGGUAGUUUAGCUGGAAGUUGGGAAGUUGAAAGAGCUGAAUUGAUCGUUGAUAUUCCAGUUUGGAGUCCUGGUUGUUUCCAAGACUUAUCAACCCUACACGCAUUGAGAGAUACCACACUUUCUCAUACUCACGCCUUACUUUCUCAUUUACUCAAUGAUCAUUCAGUCCCUGCGACUUACAGAUUAUUGGCUAGAUCGUGUGUUCAACCGAAUCAUCAUGACCAUACUUCGCAUCAUCAUGGAUGGGGUUGUAUAAGAUUAGCACCUUCAAUAACAUCACCCAUUUCAACUCAAAUAGAAUUAAAACCUUCUGUAAGAAGGGCAAGUUUGGUUCAUUCCCAUUCAUCACCCAUAACUCAUACUCGUAAAAACAAUCGUAACGUCAGUCACGAUUUGGAUAAUAACUGUCAUGAAAACGUCAUCAUCGAAUCUGAUGAUGAAGAUAAUAACUUUGAGUUUGAAAUUAAAUUGAAAGAAGGUUAUAGUAGAUCAAGUAUAAGUAUAAGUGAUGACGAAUCAGAUGAAGAAGAAGAAAGUGCAGAUGUUAUAGUUGGAAGAGAAAUCGAAAGAAGAGGUGGUAAAGAAGGAAUGGCUUUCUUGAUGACUUUAUUCGGUCAACCAGCAUUGAUCUUGACAUGA